AUGGCUGCCGUGUAUGCAAACAUACUGCCCCAGGAGGAACUGGCGGCCCUGUUCUCCCGGAAUCUCUCUCUACAUCCCGUGGCCCAGCCAGCAACAGAACCUGUACUAGCUCCUGCACCCAUACCCGCCCAAGCCCCGCAAGAAGAGCGCAAGAUUGUCUAUAUUUCGCAGCAUUACACCCACUCUGCCCACGUAGCACGGCAGGAACCCCAAACACAGCGACCUGCCUCGGAGCCUCCCCAAAACGAGCAUGCCACAGUUGAGAGAGCGCUCAGGGAACGUGGUGUGGACCCUUCUAGCUUGUCAUCAGCACAACUGGAGCUCUUCAAGAGGGUUGAUACACCGGAAAAGCUAAAGCUCAUCGAACUGUGGCGCAUUUGCCCGCCGACAAACUCCAGUGACAACCCCACCCUGGCAUGGAGCAUGACAACCGUCGACCAGGAGGAGGCCCUGGCCAAGAUGCGCUACGAGCGACUGCAGCAACAGCAACAACAACAAGAGGACGCGCGGUCAGCCGGAGAGGAUACAGUCAUGUCCCUGGACGGCACACCUUUGACCCCGAUCCAAGCAGGCGACGGCCGGUGGGACAUGGCGGCCAUGGCGAUGCACUACAUGGAGCCGUACAUGGCAUCGGGUUACGAAGAACUGGCUCGUCGUGAGUAUGAAGAGUCCGCUCGAAGGGCAUAUGCUGAGGCCGUUUCGGCGACUCUCGCGUCAAAGGAGGAGACGGCUACAUUCAGUCCGUUCGCAACGAGCAACACCACUGCCGCCGGGGCUGGUGGCACGACUUUUAACCCAGCACAUGCGGACCCGGUGUACCGCAUCACGAAUUCCGGUACUGCGGAUAACUGGGGAAGAGAGGCGGCCAUGGCAGAUCAGUAUGGAAGGAUCAUGGCGAUGAGUGGAGGAUGGUGA